AUGUUACAAGCAACUAUUGCUCUUCUAUGUGCAGCUUCUGCUUUAGCCGCAGAAUGGACAAUAAAUUUGGAAUAUUCUGUUAAUGGUAAAGAAACCCGAAAGAUUUCAAUGGAAGAUUCCAUUUUUAGAUUUUAAAAACACCUAUCCGCUCGGUACCAUUGAACUGCGUCGCAAUUUCGAGGGCAAUUUUACCGGAAAUUUUAAAUCUUCGACGGACUCGCAGUUUGGGAAAAAGUGAGUGGAUGUGAUGAUAAAAAUUACAAAAAUGGAUAAUUUUCAGGUUAUUGAACGCUUUGGACGAAACUUAUAGCGUUCGGGCGGUUUCUUCGACGCAACCUGGCAAGACAUUCAUUACCAGCAAUACGCCGGUUGGUUUUACAAUGAGAAAAAUGUUCAGAAAUAUUAUUUCCACUGUCAUUUUGAGCUUCAUAUUCAUAAUAAGUAUUUUUUUAAAAAAAUUUUGGAGGUUUUUUUAAACAGGGAAACAUAUUCUAUAAGUAUAAAAUAGGGGAAAUUAUAAGAAAAAGCAGUUUUUUUCUGAAUAUUUAGAGUCUCGAGUAGAAAAAAAUUCCGUUUCCAGGUUUUUUCUCACUGGUUUUAAUAUCUAAAUUUUUUUGUUCUAAGAGGUAAAAAAAAAGGGAAAUUUUGAGUCCUGAGUGAGCUAGGACAACGCUGAAAAAUAAUUCAGGAAGAUUUUUUGUAAAAUAUAGGUAUUUUUGGCACUUUUCAAGAUUACAGGUAGCAAAAAAGGUUUUUUCCUAAUGUUUUUAGCCAAAAUCCCAUUGUUUACCCUUUAACUACGAGAGAAAAAGCAAAAAUGUAGGUUAAUGUGCAAACCGGUACACGCAAAGGCUCGUACCAGGAUCGAAAAACCUGCGAAAGUAUCCCACAACGUCGGCACAACUGCAUUAGAAAAACGCAACUGGAAUUUGUUGUUGUGGGGGCUCGAACCCGCGACUCCUCCAGUGGCAGAUUACACUGUUGGCCACUGCGCCAAGAGGACUUUGCCCGUCGAGUCAACGCCGCGCGCACUUACCUCCUGCUGCGAAAAGCGCGGAAAACUGGUUUUUGAGAGAAAAGAAAGUUUAAAGUGAGAUUUUUGGUGAAAGAUGGGUUUGGGGUUGAGGAAAUCAAGGUAAUGUCUGAGUUUGACUGGUUGAAAUUAAUUUUUAAUUUUUUUCAGAUUUUUAAAGCUCUAUUCAAUUUUUUUAUUCAAAAUUUAUGGGUAUAGUUGUAGACAUUUAAAAAAAAAGAUUAUUCUGAAAUUUAUAGACGCUGAACUUGUUUUUUUUUUUCGGAAAAUUGUACAUGAUCUUUUUUUGGAAAAUUUAUUUUUUUGAAUUUUUUUUAUCACUAAGCGUUAAAAUUUUUGCUUUUUGAAGUUAAAUGAUGCCGGUAGAAGUUUGGAAUAGUAUAAAAGCCCGAAGGGAAAACAACUGUAAAAUUCACUUUUUAUCAGGAAUUUUUUUGUCUUUUUCUCAUGUUUCUAACCAGAUUCAGUCCUCCUUAGACGAUAAAUUCAAUUUCUAGUCGAUCGAAUCUUGAAAAAAAUAAUUUAUUUGCACAUUUUUUUGAUUCAACGCCUAGAAAAUGCGGUCCUUCCUGUCGAAAAUCACAAUUUUUAUUAAAAAUUUAUAAAAUUCUCAGAAUUUUUUUGAUUGGAAAUAAGGUAUUUGCAUAGAGGGAUAAUAAUGUCGAUCGAUAUCGUUUUUUUAAAAAAAUCCCGAAAAAAAUCUUUUUUUCAGUACAACAUCCUUUAAACAAUGGCUUUUCUUUUUCUAAAAACACAAUUUUUUUCGAAUAUUUCUGAACAAUUUGAUGUAUUUUUCAGCAACGAAAUGAAGCUAUAGCACUUGACGAACCGAAAAUUGUUCGAAAUUUAUUUUUUUAAAAAUAAAGAGCCAACUUUUUUUCCAGUGCAAUAUUCUGCAAACGCGGCUCUUCCACCCGUUUUGCGCUCAAAAAAACAGAAUUUUUACAAUAUUUCUGAAAAUUUUUGAUGUUUUUUUGGUAUCGAAAUGAAGCUUUAGCACUUGAAAAAAACUAGAAAUUGAUCGAAAUUUAUUUUUUUAAAUGAAAAAGUUACCUUUUUUAGUGCAACAUUUUGCAAACGCGGCUCUUCCACCCGUUUUGCGUUCAAAAACAUAAUUUUAUAACAUUUCCGAACAAUUUCGUGAAUUUUCUGUAACGAAAUGAAGCUGUAGGACUUAAAAACGAAAAAAAUUGAUUGAAAUUUAUUUUUCAAUGAAAAGUUUCCUUUUUUUCAGCGCAAAAUCCUUUAAACGGUGGCUUUUUCUUUUCUAAAAAAACACAAUUUUUUUCGAAUAGUUCUGAACAAUUUGAUGUAUUUUUCAGCAACGAAAUGAAGCUAUAGCACUUGACGAACCGAAAAUUGUUCGAAAUUUAUUUUUUUAAAAUAAAGAGCCAACUUUUUUUCCAGUGCAAUAUUCUGCAAACGCGGCUCUUCCACCCGUUUUGCGCUCACAAAACAGAAUUUUACAAUAUUUCUGAAAAUUUUGAUGUUUUUUUGGUAUCGAAAUGGAGCUUUAGCACUUGAAAAACUAAAAAUUGAUCGCAAUUUAUAUUUUUUUAUUGAAAAGUUACCUUUUUUUAGUGCAACAUUUUGCAAACGCGGCUCUUCCACCUGUUCUGGGUCUCGAUCGACGCCGAACACCGUACUCUGAUGUCCCUGGCCGUUUAUCCGGAUACAGUUGCCUUGUCGAAGGAAGGGGCCACCCUGAGGUUGAGCACGGAGACGUGCUCCGACGCCCUCGAGCAGUUCAUCCCGUCGUUGGCCGACCGGGCCGAGGGCGGCGUCGCCAAAGGAGUCGUCCAUGUCAACGCUCGUGGCGUUUUGCCGAGGUCCGGGGGGAUUUUUCUAGUUCAAAUCUUGAUGCGAAUUUGAGGAAAAAUGGUCGUGAAUAAACAGAAGUGCCUCAAUUUUGAUUUUUGAACUAGUUUUGGACAACAUUUAUUGUUUAAUUUGCUCGAAAUUGACGCGAAAUGUAGAAAGAAAGGUGAAAUUUAGGGAUGAGUACCUCAAAAUGGUUCUAAAAAACUUGUGCGGUUGAAAAAGGUGGAAGGGACCACUGAAGUGUCCUUGUUAAUUUAGUUAUUUUCAAUUCUAAUGGUCGUGAAUGGACAGAAUUGCCUUGAAAUGGUUUUAGAGCUAUUUUCGAAGGAUAUUUAUUGUUUAAUUUGCUCGAAAUUGACGCGAAAUGUAGAAAGAAAGGUGAGGCUCACUUUUAAUUAAGGAACUUGUGCGAUUGAAAAAGGUAGAAGGGACCACUGAAGUGUUCUUGUUGAUCUAGUUAUUUUUAUUCCCAGUGGCGUUUUGCCGAGGUCCGCGGGAAUUUUCAUAGUUCAAAUCUCUUCAAGUUAAUGCGAAAAUAAGAAAAAAAGGUGCUUGAAUGUACUGAAGUGCCUCAAAAUGGUUUUAUGAACUACUUCUGCCGAUUUUUGUAUUGCAAAUUUUGUGUUGAAAGAAAAAGACGUUCAUGUUUAGUUGAAAUAAAGACAAGGGACCACCUAAGUGACCUUGUUUAUCUCGCUUGGAAAAAUAGAAAUGAUCCGAAAAGAGAUUCUUCGUUUAAUUUUCUUGAAAUAAACGAAAAAUUUCAAAAGAAAGGUGAAAAGUAGGGAUAAGUGGCUCAAAAUGGUUCUAAGAACAAAAUUCAUCGGUUUUUCAAAUUUUGUUUUAGAAGGAGGUAGCUACUCAUAUUUAGUUGGAAUAGAUAGAAGGGAUCACUUAAGCGUUCUUGCCAAAUCUAGUGACUUUCUGCCGAGUUACUGAGUUUUCCGAGUAAAAAAAGAUUAGCUAGAAAGUUUCUGAGUAAUUUAUUCGAGAAAAAUUUGGGAAGACAGUAAUAAUUUUCUGUACGAGUUUUUAAACAAAAAAUGAAAUUAUGACUCUAAAUGAAGGGUUCUGUAUAUAGCGGAUGCGAAGAAAAAUGAUUCUUUUUUGAAUAAUUCGAAUGAAUAUUAGAGUAAUGACCUUGAAAAUUGUGAAAAAAAAAGGUUUUUCAGCCCCGACACUCAGUCAUUCGUCCAGAAGAUGGAACGUGAGAGAAGAGCCCGACAGCAACAAGGCGGCGGAGAAACAGACAACCGCAGUUUCUUAGCUAAAUAUGUGGGUUUUCCUGAAAAUGAAAAGUGGACUUUCAAGAGGAUCUUAUUGGUUUUAAAUGAUUCUAGGAAGGUCAAUUAUGAACUUUUAGUCUUAAAAUUUCACAAGAAAUCGGAUCUCGUUGAGUUUGAGCUGUUCUCAUGGAUGAUUUUUUGCAUUUUAAUGAAAAAAUCGUCACUUCAUGAUAAGUUGAUUCAUUUUUUAAUAAAUGAAAUAUUUCCUAAGGGCCACCUUAUAACAAAAAAAAGAGAAAAUAAACUUCUGACGAUUUUUUUAAGAAAAAAUUAUUGAUUGACGUAUUUUUCAGCAUUUAUCCUAUCAUUUCCUUUUUAAAAUUGAUUGAAAAUAUAGACAUAUAAAUUUUUUUGAAAUCUAAAAAUUUACUGGUUUUUGCUUGACGAUUAUGUAAUAAUUUUUAAAAAAAUCUUGCCUAAAUUUAAAAAAAUUCUCCUUUUCAAUUUGGUAAAUUUGGUAAAAAAAUUUCAAUUGGGAAAUGCACAACUAUUUGGGAAAAAAAUUUUUUUAAUGUUCUCCGAGCACUGGAAUAUUUUUGAAACUUGUGUUUUUGUUUGAAAAAUGAGGAAAAGGAGAUUUUAAGUUUUUCCAUCGGAAAAAUGACCUAAGUAUUUUCCUAAAAGCCUUUUUGAAGGCCGUUUUUUGAAAUUUUCAAAGAAAUUGACAUUUUUCGAACUCUUUUAAAAACUAUUUCGUAAUAUUUCACAGAUUUACGGGAAAAAAGUUCUUUUAUGUUCUUUAAAACUUAAAAAUUGAGAAGAAACCUCAAAGAAAUAAUGAAAAAAAAGGCUUGAAAAUCUGAUUUUCACUGUUUUUUUCCUAGAAAGUUUACCAAAAUGCAGUGUAUUUUUUUGCGAUUUUUUUCAGUCAAAACUCGAAUUUUUUUCACCGAUUUUUCCAAGCCUGUAAGCUUCAAGGCUAUGAAAAUUUAGCUAUCAGCUGAAAAUUUUUAUUUUAAAAAAACCUUUGAAAUACUUUUUCAAGAGUCGAAAAAAAGUUUUUUUCCAUGUUUUUUUCAUCGAAUUUCAAUUUUUUUCCAGUGGAUGUACAUCGUUCCGGUCGUGAUUUUUCGUGCUGAUUUCGAACGCCAUGACGCCCGAACAACCGGAAGGAGGAGCUGCUCAAUAAAUAUCAAUUAA